UGCUUGAUGUCAUCCUCACUAUAAAUAAUGAAGUGUUUCAGGUUCAUAAAGUUGUCUUGGCUGCCUGCAGUGACUAUUUCAGGGCAAUGUUCACAGGCGGGAUGAGAGAAGCCAGCCAAGAUGUGAUCGAACUGAAAGGUGUAUCUGCAAAAGGACUGAAACACAUAAUAGACUUUGCGUACAGUGCUGAAGUGACUCUUGAUCUUGACUGUAUUCAGGAUGUGCUGGGAGCUGCUGUCUUCCUCCAGAUGGUGCCUGUCGUGGAGCUCUGCGAAGAAUUUCUGAAGUCUGCCAUGAGCGUAGAAACGUGUCUCAAUAUCGGGCAGAUGGCCACCACCUUUAGCCUCGCAUCCUUGAAGGAAUCAGUAGAUGCAUUCACUUUUAGGCAUUUCCUCCAGAUCUCUGAGGAGGAGGAUUUCCUCCACCUGCCGCUGGAGCGCCUUGUUUUCUUCUUACAGAGCAAUAAGCUGAAAAGCUGCAGUGAAAUAGACCUCUUCCGUGCUGCCGUCCGCUGGCUGCAGUAUGACCCAACCCGCCGUGCCAAUGCCAGCCAGGUCCUCUGCCACAUCCGCUUCCCGCUGAUGAAGUCCUCGGAGCUGGUGGACAGCGUCCAGACCUUGGACAUCAUGGUGGAAGAUGUCUUGUGCCGGCAGUAUUUGCUGGAAGCGUUCAAUUACCAGAUCCUGCCCUUUCGUCAGCACGAGAUGCAGUCCCCUCGGACCACCAUCCGCUCGGAUGUCCUGUCCCUCAUCACCUUUGGCGGCACUCCCUACACCGAUAACGACCGCACUGUGAGCUGCAAAGUCUACUACCUGCCGGAUGCCAGUGUGCGCCAGUUCAAGGAGCUGACGGAAAUGGAGGUGGGCAGCAGCCAUUCUUGUGUGGCCGUGCUCGAUAACUUUGUCUACAUCGUAGGAGGGCAGCACCUGCAGUACCGGAGCGGCGAGGGAGCUGUGGAUAUCUGCUACCGUUACGAUCCGCACCUGAACCAGUGGCUGCGCAUCCAGGCCAUGCAGGAGAGCAGGAUCCAGUUCCAGCUCAACGUCCUCCACGGCAUGGUGUAUGCCACCGGUGGGAGGAACCGGUCGGGGAGCUUGGCCUCUGUAGAGAAGUAUUGCCCCAAAAAUAAUGAGUGGACUUACGUGUGCUCCCUGAAACGCAGGACGUGGGGGCAUGCUGGAGCCACGGUAGGAGACAAGUUGUACAUAUCAGGUGGGUAUGGCAUUUCAGUGGAAGACAAAAAAGCCUUGCACUGUUACGACCCCGCCGUGGAUCAGUGGGAGUUUAAAACCCCAAUGAACGAACCCAGAGUUCUGCAUGCCAUGGUCAGUGCAAAUAACAGGAUUUACGCUCUGGGAGGCCGCAUGGACCAUGUUGACCGUUGCUUUGAUGUUUUGGCUGUGGAAUAUUACGUGCCUGAAACAGACCAAUGGACAACGGUGAGCCCUAUGCGUGCAGGUCAGUCGGAAGCUGGCUGUUGUUUACUAGAAAAAAAGAUUUAUAUCGUAGGAGGGUACAAUUGGCACCUGAACAAUGUUACAAGCAUUGUGCAGGUGUAUAACACAGAAACUGAUGAAUGGGAAAGGGACCUACAUUUUCCAGAAUCUUUUGCUGGGAUAGCAUGCGCUCCCGUUAUACUACCGCAGGUAACGACCCAGAGAUAACUAUGCGCGACGGCGUCGGCCCGUGAAAUCACCUCGUGUUGCAUGUUAUCAGGAUGCUGUGUUGUUCCUUUGUUGUUUGCAAAUGGUAUUGUGCAUUUUGUGGGUGAGGGAAGGAGAAAAAUAGCUUGUGUUCCCUCCUCCAUAAAGUCCCUCCUCCUCUUAUGUAGUGUUCUGGCAAGCGUGUUUAAUCAGAAGCACUUGUCAGCUAGUUAGACUUAACAGAUGUCACAGCUGGAAAAAGCUUUUCUCUUUUUUCUUUUUUUUGAUGGGGGGGUGCAUUUUGCCAACUUUUCAUAUUUUCAACAAUGUUACACAUUGCAAACAUUGACAGCUCAGGAGUAACUAAGUACUGUGCUUUGUUUAAAAGAGUUCAGGUGUGAUUUUUUAUUAAUAGCUCCAAAAAUCAUUGUAUGUCGCUUUGUUGUUUUUUAGCAAACAAAAAAACCA